CUAUGAACCAUCUUCACUCUUUCACUCUCUUCAUUUUCAUUCUUCAGGUUUGAUAUGGACGAGUUAGAGCUUCCAAGUAGAUUGUUUGAGACAGGGUAUGAACCGACCGGCAAGAAAAGAGUUAACAACUACUUCAACCUCCGUUGGAUUGAAGUCAUAAAGAGUGCAUUAGAGGAUGAGGAUCUCACGAUGUUGAAUGCGUCACAGUUUGGCCAGGUACUGAAGAUGGGGUCCCAUACCUUCUCGGUUAUGUUUCUUCACUACCUUCUUUCACGACAGUUGAUCACUGAGAAGGACUUCGAACUGUGGUGGCUUUUCGUGGGGAAACCAAUUCGUUAUGCUAUUCAAGACUUCGCACUCGUAACUGGCCUCAAUUGUGGCCAAAUAGUGGACGCUCACCAUCAGGCGAAGGGUAAAGGUGCGCGUGGUAAGGGAACCGGAAAAUCCACAUCGUCGAGUGCGUCUCAAACAACAUGGGAUGUUCUGUUUGGAAAGGAGGAUAAGCCCACCACCAGCUGGAUAAUUGACCGCCUUGUGAAGGGAAAGAAAUACAAGGAUCCGUUAACUCGUCUCCGCUUGGCCUUGUUGGUGCUGGUCGAAGGUAUUUUGUGCCCCACAUGUGGCACAACGAACAUCAGACCCGAGGUUGUGCGGAAGCUGGAUAAUCUGGAUGAGUUCCUAAACUAUCCAUGGGGGCGUGAGUCAUUUCUCCUCACUGUGCGCAGUACAAAAUCUCGUCGUCCCAGUCAUUAUGUGUUACAGGACACAAUGGCCAUCCAAGGUUUCUCGCAUGCCAUGGUUCUUGUUACUGUUGCUGCUUGUCCCUCGAUACUACUUAAGCCCGGAGCAGUUAUCCCCCUGGAUGAUGAGUCUAAAAGCAGUGAAGAUAUUGUUAACGAGUUGCUUGAUAGGAAGUUCAGCGUGAACGUCGUCUCAGCCAAAGCUGUCGACCAAAAGGGCCAGGCUUUUGUGCGAUCACUUAUUAGAUCAGACGAAGCUGGUGAGGAGUUGUAUCGUGGAUUGGGAGACAACGAAGACGAAGCUGUUGAUCACCUGGUUGCAUUAGCUCGUGAUGAUUACCCAUUUGAACACAACACAUGGGCAGGUGGUGUGAGAGCAGAUGAUGUGAAGGCGAAUAAGGGCCAGGCUCUCCCAAGUGAGUCGAGUGAUGAGGAGGAACUUGAAGAAACUGAUAGAGAAUAUAGGCAGCCAGGAGGUGGUGACGAUGUCGUCCACUCUGGAGAAGGAAGAGGCCAACCAAGUAUGAGGGAGGGUGAGGCGCGUAUUGGUGGUCGGCCUACUUCCGCUGGUGUUGGAGAUUUGGUUAGACAAGCGGCUGAGGCGUUUGAAGCACAACUUUUACCUAUGUUUGAGGGCUACAUGGUCAGUAUGAAAGACCACAUUUCCAAAGAACUGAGCAAGCUGAUGACCGAAGUAGCUUCCGCCAAUUCUUCUAUUGCUGCGGUGGAAACUUUUGUUAAGACUGAGUUGGCCACUCUGCGCAAUGGAACCGCCGGAGUUGACAUGUACGGUGGAGACCUGUUUAGUGGGUACAGCCCUGCGAUGCGGUCACCCUCCCAUGGACCUUCUUCUCCCUCCCGCCAGAGAAAUAAGGGUACUGCUGACACCAGAGUUGAUGCAGAAGAUUCGCCACAAAUUGAUGAAGUUGAUGGGAAUGCAGCUAUUGGGAAGAAGUCAUGCCCAUCUGAGAUGGCACCUGGUGAUCCUAAAAGUGACCCUCCUGAGUCAUUGAUUGAGGAGAUUGUUACUGGUGCUAUGCCCACAUCAUCCUCCGGAGUGGAUGCCUUCCUCGAUGUUAGUGAGCCAUCUUCGUCCAUUCCAGCUACUGAUGGAGGCAAUGCGGUGGUUAGUGCAUCAGCGGAAGCCGGAACGACCUUUCUCCAACCGCCUGUUUCUUCUUUGGUUACUUUGGAGACCGACAACCCUCUGUCUGACACACCACCCGCUGCAUCAUCAUCUGUUGUUGAGGUUCCAUCAGAUGUAUCACACACAAACACAAAAGCAGCUCCCGGCUCCACUGUCGAUGCCAUCCCUACUGAAUUGCCUGUCUUACCAUCCACCAUUCAUGAGGUUCAGACGGAUGUAUCAGACACAGUUAGCGGACCAUCUGCUGCUUCCAUUGUGGAAAUAGUACCUACUCAAUCGCCUACUAUUGAACCCAAGCUCCAUGAUGUAGAGGAUGAUGUCGAAGGGUCUGUAGCGACCGAAAAGGAUGAAGUCCUCACUAAAAAGACAACGUCAAAGCCAAGAAAGGCUGGUCGUGCGGUGAAGCUCACAACCGUUGUACCAACUCAGGUCUGCAGACGGUAUAGCAAACGGGAGCAUCGCAGUCCAGACAGAUACACGCCGUCUGAAGGACCCGAAAAGCAAGAACCUGGCAAACGUGCUCGUCGUGGUGCAAAGGAGAAGCAGAAUGUGGUUGCAUCCGUUGCUGAGCCAAGUAUUCCAAUUAAGGAAACAACUUCUCUCAUCGGGGGUUUUACACCAUUCCUCCCACCUAAUCCUGUUAAGCGAGCUACAUUCCUCGAGGCUAUGAAGGAUGCCAAGACACAAUCCGCUGCCAAAGAUUCUGCUUUUGACGUUCACACUCUAAUGCCUCUUUUUGACUCCAGCCGGGUUGCUUCUGAGAAGGCAAUCGAUUGUGUGGUCGCCUUCAUACGCAAGCGCAGGGAUGGUCUGCCACGAUCUAGAUUUGAUUUCAUCGAGGCUUCAUUUUUUUCUGACCUCCUGACUAACUUCGGUGAGUUUCAAGCUUGUUCAGCAAAGGAGGCUUUCUCAUUCUCUCCGUCUUUGAAGAAACAAUUUACCGACCGCCCGCAGUGGUUCACCCAAGUUGAUAUUCUCCACAUACCAGUGCUAAUGAACAAAAGGCAGUGGGUUGGCAUUAUUGUCGACUUGAAUAUGUGGGCCAUGUCUGUUGUUGAAGCCAACCCCGGUUGUCCAUCUGAGUUUGAAUUCACUUAUUUACUAACCGCGGCAUCUAUUCUGUUCCCGCACCUGAUCGGUCGGUAUUGUAUGACCAACCAUGCGCAAAAACGCAAUUUCGAGCCCAUGACUUUCUCCAGGUUGGAUAUGCCUUGUGUUGUAGAGCACCCAGGUUGUUCGGCGGCGGUGGCGCUUAUGUUAUUAGAGCUGCACGCCGUUGGCAAGGAUGUGACUGUUCUGAAAUUUACUGAAGAACAAGUACGGACAGCUGGAGAGAAUUACGCCGUCGAUGCACUGCACCUGUGUCAGGGCGUGCCAAUUCCUUUUACUCAGUAGAGGCUACUAUCUGUUUUUAAUGUGUCAUGUUUUCUGCUACUACUUUUCCUUCUCCCUUAAGCAACAUUGA